AUGGCCGGUCUCCGCAGAGUGGCAGCGCUGGCCGCUAAGCUAAACCUCUGGUCGCCGGCGAGACACGAGUUCGCCGGUGCUCAGCCGGCCCGCGGAGGAAGGGCACGGUGGUGUCUGGCGGUCGGGACGUGUCUCGCAACGGGAGGCGCCGUGGCACUUUACUUCUACGACGACACGACGAGCGGCAGGGGCAGGAAGAGGAUGGAGAGACACGGCAUCAACGAUUUACUGCCGUCCAUCCCGACCGUCGAAGCCAAGGAGAAGGCACGACCGUUUGACUUUGAAGAUGGAGAUGUGUACAUGUCGUCCCACGAGCAUCGCUUCCGCAUGUUCAGCUCUGUUGAGUAUGAAGGGCAGCUGUACAUGACUCCGCAGAACUUCAUCGAGUCGGUGACAAUGAGUGAACCAAGAAACAAGAGGCCCUGGAGGUCCCUGACCAAACAGGAAUUGGAGAAGAUCCUGUUGGAAACUCCCCCAGUAUGGAGAGGAUCCUCCAAACUGUUCCGCAACCUGAGAGAACGAGGCAUCAUCUCAUACACAGAGUACCUGUUCCUGCUCUGCAUCCUGACAAAGCCCCAUGCUGGCUUUAAGAUUGCUUUCAAUAUGUUUGAUGCAGACGGCAACCAGAUGGUGGACAAGAGGGAGUUCUUGGUGCUUCAGGAAAUCUUCCGGAAGAAAAAUGAGAAGAAAGGGAGGAAAGGAGAUGCUGAAAAGUCGGCACAGUUGAGUAUGCAGCUGUAUGGAUAUCAGGUUGCCCCCAUGAACAGCGUGCUAAAAAAAGACAGUCAAGAGUUUGUGGCGCGGAGUUACUGGGACGUUCUGAGGCGAAGUGCCAGUCAAGUCCUCUUUUCUGACCUGGCGGAGCGAGCAGAUGAGAGUAUUACAAUCGACACCACCCUACUGGUCCAUUUCUUUGGGAAGAAAGGGAAGGCAGAGCUUACCUUUGAUGACUUCUACAGGUUUAUGGAUAACCUGCAGACAGAAGUGUUGGAAAUUGAGUUUUUGACCUACUCUAAAGGAAUGACCACCAUCAGUGAAGAAGACUUUGCCAAAAUCCUGCUGCGCUUCACCAAUGUGGAGAACAUCAGCGCCUACUUGGAGAAUGUCCGCCAGUCUAUACCUGACGAGAAGGGAAUCACCUUUGAUGAGUUCAGAUCCUUCUUCCAGUUUCUCAACAACCUUGAGGACUUUGCCAUUGCCUUGCAGAUGUACAAUUUUGCUGCCCGCUCCAUUGGACAAGAUGAGUUUGCGAGAGCAGUGUAUGUAGCCACUGGGCUGAAGCUGACACGUCACCUUGUAAACACCAUCUUCAAGAUUUUUGAUGUAGAUCACGACGAUCAGCUCUCCUACAAGGAGUUCAUCGGCAUCAUGAAGGACCGGCUGCACAGGGGAGCCAGGGUGAAGGACCGACACUAUGCCUCCUUCUCCAGCUGUGUUCGCUCUGACGCCGGAAGACAAGUGCACCAGCUCUGGAGGAGGUACAAGGAGAAGUCGUAGAAGAGGACACGGACAGACAGCAAAAAAAAAAAAAAAAAAACACGAAGGAAGAAGAUUUAAAAAAAGACAACAAGCCUGAUGGUGGAAUAAAUCGGACUGGGCUUUGACUUUUAAAGUCAGUGGCCCGAGAUAGCAGCAGUUUGUUUUUGAGGGCAUGUAUCAAAGCAGAAAAUAACCCGACAAUUAUGACUGCACACAGCAGACUGAUGCCCUGUAUGCUGAUAAUAAGCAAGAUGGCCCGUUUCCUGUUUUCCCAGUUAUCUUGAUCAGAUGCAAAACAUCACAAGUAUGAUUUACAGUGCAUUGAGACAAAGUAGAAUCAGAAUUGAAAUUUAUUGUCCAGGCAUGGCACCUCCAGUUAGUGGAACUGCAACUAAUGAUUAUUUUUAUUUUUGAUAAAUUAAUCUUUGUUUUAUUAAGCUGUAAAAAAUGUUUUAAUUAGCUUACUUAUUAGCUUACCAGCCUAUUAAACAAAGUCAUUUUCUAACAAUAUCAUAUCUGAGACCACUUUUCCAUUCAAGUGAAUGUGAAAGUGAUCUCCACUUUAGAUAUAAAUAAGCGAGUUGUAGCAUUUUCGAAGUUCUACCAACUUGAAAGUGUUUUUACUUCAUGACUGAUCAGUCAUCAUCAAAACUAUAAUCUAUGCUUUUUUUAAAGGAACAAUAAUUUGUUGAACUGCUGCAUUACCAACUAACAAAUGAAAGAGCACAAAAAUAAUUAAAUGAUAAAAUCAAUGUGAUAAUGAUGACAUUAUCCAUUUAUAAUUAAUAAGACCAAUAUAAAAUAUUAACAUACUGAAGUACACUAUAAUUGCAGAAUUAUAUUAUAUGUUUUGGCUUCAGCUCAUUUUAAUCAUCUCAGUCUCUUUUACUUUUUUAUUUUGUUUAAUUCAUCUUACCCAGAAUAGUCUUUGCUUUGUAUUGCACUGAGACUAUACAAACACUAGUGCUAUAGCUUAGGAACGAUAUAUUAUCCUAGUUUUACUACAGCACUUGGGAAGUCCUUGACCUGUAUGUGACAGCAUAAAAACAUGAAAGACAAGGAAAGAGACUGAAGAGUCUGAAUCCUUAUUAUCUUGACCUGUUUUGAGUCUUAUUUGCAUGUGUGACAUAGAUUUCCACAUAGGUGCCUUCUGUCCAUCCCCUUUGUCAUUAGAAAAAUGUCAAAUAGCAAACCUGACUUUUCAUCACUUUGUAGCUUUUAACAGCAAUAGAACCGCAAAACGUGUCCAAUUAUUACAUUAUAUGUGCUAUAUGUGAUUCAAAUCACCCAGUCUUUAAUGUUGUAAUAUAUUAUGUGAAAUGAUGUGAAAUAUGGAAUAUAAUUUGAAUAUAUAUGGAAAUUAAGAAAGGUCUAGGUGUGUAAGGAAUUAUAGGUCUGUGCCAAGUUAUUCAACAUAAUGUAAAUUGUUCUCGUUAUGUUUGCAGUAAGCCAUGAAUUUGUCUCAUCAGUGGAAAUGCCGAAUGAAUUUUCAUGCAUGAA